AUGGCUGAACAAGCAUACACUGUGGCAUCUGAUAGCGAAACCAUUGGAGAUGAAAAAUCGUCGUCCCUGUUCCCCGAGAUUGCGAUCGGUAUUGACAUUGGCACCUCCCACUGCCGCGCAGCCAUCUGGCACGACUCCCGAGUAGAGCUUCUCCGCAGCUCCCGGGGCCACACGUCCAUACGCUCGUGUGUCGCUUUCAGGGACGUCGGCCCCCCGACUGUCGGGCGCCCUGCAGGCGGCGAGCUAGAGGUCCUGUCGGGGUCCACCGUUUUCAACAUCAAGCGCCUUGUGGGAAGGUCUGAUCUGGACUCUACUGUGGCACGUGCAGGUGAGAGCCUCCCAUUCUUGGUCCAGACACUGAACAUCGGUGUGCGGCCAUUUGUGGCUACCCUCGUUCAGAAUGCAUGGCGGUCAACUACCCCAGAAGAGGUCCUUGCGGUGCUCCUGAUCGAGAUACGUGCCAUGGCUGAGGCCCAUCUGGGCCAGCCCGUACGCAAGGCAGUCCUGACGGUCCCCGUCACUUUUAGCCGGUUCCAGACAACGAGGGUCGAGCGGGCCUGCGCCAUGGCAGGUCUUCAUGUCUUGAGGCUGAUGCCCGAGCCAACCUCAGUCGCCCUUCUGUACGCACAGCAGCAACAGCGAAUGCAGCAGAACACAAACGAGAAUUUCGGGAGUGAGAAAAUUGCAGUCAUAGUAAACAUGGGCGCUGGGUUUUGCGAUGUGGCAGUGACUGCCACGGCUGGUGGGGUCUCACAGAUAAAGGCGCUCUCGGGAGUUGCGUUGGGGGGCGAGGAUUUGCUUGUGAAAACAAUGCGCCACCUCGCACCGGGCCCGGAAGGGCAGUUUGGGAUACGUGGGCCUGAGGAGAUCAGGAGGAUGGGUUUGCUCCGGGUUGCUGUCCAGGAAGCCAUUCAUGGGCUCUCGUCACGGCUUGAUGUGGGCAUCAAUGUUGACCUAGGGAACGGGAGAAAAAUUUGUCGGGUCCUCAGCCGGCAGGAGUUUGAGGAAGUGAAUCGUGAAAUAUUUGAUGAAUGUGAGAAUUUAAUCCGGACGUGCUUACGUGAUGCCAAAACUGAUGCAAAAGACUUGAACGAUGUGAUUCUUGUUGGUGGGUGUUCAAAUAUUCCUAAGAUACAAGAAAUUGUGAAGGGCGUUUGUGGGAGAGAGAUUUACUCAGGGAUCGACCUGUUUGAGGGUGCGGUUUGUGGGGCCGCCUUGGAAGGGGCGGUGGCUUCGGGAGUGAAUGAUCCUUUCGGGACCCUGGAUCUCCUGACGAUUCAGGCGACCUCACUUGGGAUUGGGAUACGGGCCCACGGGAACACCUUUGUCCCGGUCAUACAUCCAAACACGACUGUUCCGGUGAAAAGGGAUGUGCUUUUCACAACAGUUCAUGAUAACCAGACGGAGGCUCUGGUUGUCGUGUACGAGGGUAACGAUAAAGCGGUGGAGAAGAACAAUCUCCUGGGGUUCUUCAAAAUUACGGGAAUACCACCUGCGCCAAAGGGUGUCCCGGAGAUCGCCAUCUGUCUUGAUAUUGAUGCGUCGAUUGAGCUGAGGGUUUUUGCGGGUGUGGUGAUGCCGGGCGGUCAGGGACCCGUGGGCCCGGUGAUGGAGGUCCGGAUGCCGACUGUGGAUGACGGGCACGGUUGGUGCGCGGGUGCUCUUGACAAGGCUUAUGGGUCGAGUUUGGAUUUAGCAACCGUGCAGAAGAGCCAUUAG